AUGCAUCAGAAUGUUGCUGUUGCCGACAACUUUGGGUGGUUCGCUCACUACCUUCUUGAAGACACGGAGCCGCUGUGGCAAGAGCAUUGUGGUCGUGACUUCAGCGAUGUUAAUCCGGAUUUGGAGAGUGGAGAAACAUUCCGCGAGCUCUACGAAGUACUUAAAAGAAUUGAAGCAAAUCUGUAUGCUCGACAGGCAAAGCUUGCGGACGCAAAGGCUCCUCGCGAGGUGAGGCGUAGGCAGCUCAAAUACGGUACCGCGGUUAAGAAUCUUCCAACCACGGAAGACAUUAUUGAAUCGAGAAGGCGGAUCUCCAGUGACCCAAAGGGCUGCGGCAAGACUAUUUUUCGUUCUGGCAUCUGCAACAGUGACGACAUCGUUUGUUCAAAGAAGGUCACCGUCUCUAAAGCCCCUCUUAUGGUGAAGACGUUGAAGAUGAUGAAAAAGUGUCGAACUGGUCGCUUUUAA